AUGGUUGUAAUAAGAACAGAUUGCUCAAAGCGCUCCUGUGCCUAUAUAUUCACCAUAUCGUAUCUCAUCACCGGCACAAAUCCAUCUGAACUCGAUCUCCCAUCACCACAAUGUCGAUCUUCCUCUCGUGACUCCCGUCGUUUUCGAUCCAUUUGGUGCCAAUCAAGCCAACCACGUCUCCCAAACCCAUGA